UUGUGCAGUGAUGGCGGUCGCCGGAAAUUUUCAAAUGCUGGAUGUGAGCGGCUGGACAGCGUUCGCCCCAGAUGCGCGCGCCGCCAACAUGUGCACCACCAGCGUGAGCGACGCUCCGCGCAGCCCGCGCCACCAGCACAAGCGCAGGCGCCUCUCCCGGCUCCUCGACAAACUGUCCAUCCAACUACAGAACAACAACCACUACCCCCAGUGGGAGAAGAUGCCCGAAGAUGUACCUCUAGAUUUAUCUGUCAAAUCCAAAUCUCCUCCAGCCUAUUCUUGCGACGCUUGCGGACAGACGUUCACAGUGCACGACCGCUUGGCUAAGCACGUGGCGUCACGCCAUCGGAACAGGGUGCCGGAGAGCGAGCGCGCAUACGAGUGCGAGAUAUGCGAACGCCGCUUCGCGCGCUCCGAUAUGCUGACGCGCCACGCUCGUCUCCACACAGGGCAUAAACCGUACACGUGUCCCGCUUGUGGCCAAGUGUUCUCCAGGUCUGACCAUCUGGCGACGCAUCACAGGACGCACACAGGUGAGAAACCCUACAAGUGCUCGGCGUGCCCGUACGCGGCGUGCCGCCGGGACAUGAUCACGCGCCACAUGAGGACACACACGAGGCGACCGCAGCCCGCCUAGCCGUGGGACUGGACCUUGCUGGUCCCAAUUAUUGUCUAG